GCGCCUCGGCCGGGCUUCCCCGAACGGCGCAGGCGCGCGCCUCGGCCGGCUUUCCGGGCGGCGCAGGCGCGUGUUCCGGCCGGGCUUCCCCGGACGGCGCAGGCGCGCGCGGUUUAGAACGCUUUGGGAGCGAACUUUCCAUUCCGGGCGGGCGCUGAGGCGUCGGGCUCUCUCGCCCGCUCGGCCGCCCCGUGGCCUGAGACCAUGCCCGAGAAGGAGCUGACCGGAGCCGAGCCCGUCGGCAAGGGUCGAGUCGUCAGCUACCGGAGAGAGGCGCCGCUGCCCGCUGACCAGGCCCCGCAGAUCCCCACGCCGGUUCCAGUGAUCCGCCUCCCCCGGGGCCCGGACGGCACCAGCCGCGGUUUCAGCGCCGCCCGGGGCCGCGACAGGACCGGGUCCGCCGUGGAAGUGGCCGAGCAGGAGGCCCGGGCGGCGCUGCGCGAACGCUACCUGCGCAGCGUGCUGGCCAUGGUGGGGCGGCCCGUGCACUUCACCCUGCACGAGCGCGUCCACGUGGACGCCCACUUCGGGGCCACCGACCUGGACGUGGCCAACUUCCACGUGUCCCAGCUGCAGACGCCCCUCGGGGUGCAGGGCGAGGCCCUGCUGCGCUGCGCCGACAUCAUCUCCUACUCCUUCCAGCUGUGAGCCCCUCCUUCGGCAGGCCCCCUCGGAGGACGCGCGCAGACCGGGGAGACGGGCGACCCAGGCUGAGGUCACCACGGAUCUCGGAUUCCCGGGACUACUCUCUCCCCAGAAUGGGAAGGCAGCAGCCGCAUUCGUUCAAUAAACAUUUAUUAAGCGCCUACUAUGUGCCAAGCACUGUGCCGGUGCUAGAAGGGAAGAAAUCGGGGCGGCCUUCCUGGAGGAAGGGGUGGGAGGACAAUGACAGCCGCUGAGUCUGGGGAGGCCACCCCCCGGGAGAGGGCACCCCCUAGGGGAGGCGGAGGGGGGCGGGGAGAGGGCGAGCGAGCUACGGCUGUCCGGAAGCAGAGCUAGGAAUGCCCGUCGGCAGUCGCACAUUCCUCCCGGCUUCCCUGCUUCCUUCUCCCAAGUGCUCGCGGCGGCCUCGGUUCCAGGAGCUAAGAACGGCUGCC